AUGGCAUCCAACGAUUUCUCCAAGAUUGAAACUUUGAAACAAUUAAACGCUUCUUUGGCUGACAAGUCAUACAUUGAAGGUACUGCUGUUUCUCAAGCUGACGUCACUGUCUUCAAGGCUUUCCAAUCUGCUUACCCAGAAUUCUCCAGAUGGUUCAACCACAUCGCUUCCAAGGCCGAUGAAUUCGACUCUUUCCCAGCUGCCUCUGCUGCCGCUGCUGAAGAAGAAGAUGACGAUGACGUCGAUUUAUUCGGUUCCGACGAUGAAGAAGCUGAUGCUGAAGCUGAAAAGUUGAAGGCUGAAAGAAUCGCUGCAUACAACGCUAAGAAGGCUGCUAAGCCAGCUAAGCCAGCUGCUAAGUCCAUUGUCACUCUAGAUGUCAAGCCAUGGGAUGACGAAACCGAUUUGGAAGAAAUGGUUGCUAACGUCAAGGCCAUCGAAAUGGAUGGUUUGACUUGGGGUGCUCACCAAUUUAUCCCAAUUGGUUUCGGUAUCAAGAAGUUGCAAAUUAACUGUGUCGUCGAAGAUGCCAAGGUUUCUUUGGAGGACUUGCAACAAAAUAUCGAAGACGACGAAGACCACGUCCAAUCUACCGAUAUUGCUGCUAUGCAAAAAUUAUAA